AUGAUACAUAUCAUCACUCGGACAUCCAUUUCGAAUGCAUAUCCCAUUUUUGCACAGCAGGGUUAUGAAAAUCCCCGAGAAGCAACUGGACGUAUUGUAUGUGCCAAUUGUCACUUGGCCAAAAAAUCUGUGGAUAUUGAGGUUCCGCAGUCCGUGCUUCCCAAUACCGUAUUUGAAGCAGUUGUUAAGAUCCCCUAUGAUACGCAAAUAAAACAAGUUCUUGCUAAUGGUAAGAAAGGGGCUUUAAAUGUAGGAGCUGUUCUAAUUUUACCCGAGGGCUUUGAAUUAGCCCCUCCGGAUCGUAUUUCUCCUGAGAUUCGAGAAAAAAUGGGUAAUCUUUAUUUUCAGAACUACCGUCCCAAUCGAAAAAACAUUAUUGUAAUAGGUCCUGUUCCUGGUCAAAAAUAUAGUGAACUUGUAUUUCCCAUCCUUUCACCAGAUCCUGCUACUGAUAAAGAAGCUCACUUCCUGAAAUAUCCCAUAUAUGUGGGUGGUAAUAGAGGAAGAGGACAAAUUUAUCCCGACGGGAGUAAGAGCAACAAUACGGUCUAUAGCGCUUCAGCAACAGGAAGAGUGAGCAAAAUUUUACGUAAAGAAAAGGGUGGAUAUGAGAUAACUAUCGAUAAUACAUCAGACGGUGGGCAAGUGGUUGACAUUGUCCCUCCGGGACCGGAACUUCUUGUUUCAGAAGGCGAAUUGAUCAAGGUCGAUCAGCCAUUAACGAAUAACCCUAAUGUGGGUGGAUUUGGUCAAGGAGAUGCAGAGAUAGUACUUCAAGAUCCAUUACGUGUUAAAGGUCUUUUAUUAUUCUUUGCAUCUGUCAUCUUGGCACAGAUAUUUUUGGUCCUUAAGAAGAAACAAUUUGAGAAAGUUCAAUUGGCCGAGAUGAAUCUUUAG